UGUGUCCAUCCUGCACUCGAGCGCACGGCGCAGUUCAGUCUACAGACACACACAUAGCCUUCAGAGAUGGAUCUCGAACAAAUGGGUCCCCAAACCUUCCUGUACGGUUGUGAGCUCAAGGCAGGCAAGGAAGUCACUUUUAAUCCAGAGGAUGAUGAUGAUUAUGAUCAUCAGUUAUCAGUCAGAAUGGCCUGUGUUGAUCCCACAACAAAAGACGAACUGAACAUUGUGGAGAUCGAAGGGCAAGAUUCAGAGGGUCAGAAGGUCAAAGCAGUUCUGGCCACACUCAGGCCUUCCACUCUCCCCAGCGUGUGUUUGGGUGGGUUUGAGAUCACUCCACCUGUUGUGUUCCGCCUACGCUCUGGUUCCGGUCCAGUUCACAUUAGUGGACAGCAUCUCGUCAUCAUGGGAGGAGACCAGUCCUUUGAUGAAGAAGAGGAGGAGGAGGAGGAAGAAGAGGAGACAUUGACAACAGCUAAGAAGAGGCCAGCACUGGUGACUCAGAAGCCUUCAAAAAAAAUGAAGUUGGAUGAAGAGGAGGAGGAUGACGAUGAUGAGGAUGAAGAUGAUGAGGAGGAGGAUGAAGAUGAUGAGGAGGAGGAAAGUGAAGAAGAGUCUCCUGUAAAGGAAAAGAAGGCACCAUCCAAACCACAGACCCCUGCACAGAAUGGAAAAGGACCCAAGCCCAAUACGCCUGCUAAACAACAGAACAAGACUCCUGAAAAGAACAAAAAGGAUGACAAGAAAACACAGUCGCCCAAAAUGCCACAGACACCACGGGUUUUCACUAUCCCAGAGAUCAAAGCCAAAAUUAUGGCGAGUGUAGAAAAGGGUGUAGCAUUGCCAAAAUUACAGCCAAAGUUUGAGAACUUCGUAAAGCACGGCUUAAAAGUCACAGACGCAAAGGUAAUCGAGGAGCUCUGGAAGUGGAGACAGAGUGUAAAAUAAGAGCUAAACCAUCUUUUGUUUAGCUUAAAUUAUUAGGCGCUCCCCCUUUUUUUUUUUUGACCAUGAUUUUACUUUUUUGGUUACCUGCAAUUUUAAGUUCAUCCCCAUACUCUUCAGUUUUUAUGUCAAAUCCGUGCCAUUCCCUGAAAAGACUUCACUCAGAACAUGACCUUUUUCAUCCUUUGCAAUUUGGCCUCUCCUCACCCCUGUGGUGUUGUCAUGUCCAUGGAGUGUGGCCUUAAUUUGGCAGCCUUGUUGCUUAAAUGAGAGUCUGAGCAGAAGAUUUCAACCCUCGAAUUUAUAUGGAGAUUUGUUGACUACCCGUCCAUGGUUUCUUUAAUAUUACAUAGAAAUGUGUGUAUGGCAUUCUGAUUAGAGAUGCACCUGAGAAGUCAAUUUACUGAAAUCUUGAACAGCUUGACCUGAUUUGCAAUGCAUGAUUAAUGGGUUUCAGAAUGGUAUCGGUGAUGAAUUCCAGUAUUUCAGCAGUUCAUGUUAUUUUUGUAAUUGUCAGUGUCCUGUAACCUGCUAGAAGGUGGGAUGUACUGUAUGUUUGGGAUUGAUUAGUCAACUGUAACAAAUCCAAAUGUCAAGAAUGUAUACUGUUAAUGUCACGGUCUGUGCAGCUAAAUCUCAGAACUCGUAAUCUGUGUACUGCAAUUCAGAUGUGGCUCACUUUUUUGACUUCGUUGAAUCUGUUUAAAUGCAAAUAAAGUUUAUAUUUCACAA